AUGAAGCUUAAUCGCGUCAUUGCAAACGUUCUAUUGAAGGUUUUCGUGAUCUUGUUGCAUACGGAUCCCUCCCUCCCUGUUCACUCACCAGCUCGCUGUGCAAGAUACAGCCUCAUCAGGCUGAGAGGAGGAGCAGUGACACGGAUGGCAAUUCGCCGAGGUGUGACGAGGAGUCCAGUCGUCGAGGGUCCUCGGCUGGUCAGUGGGAGAGUCGCAAGAGCAGUGAGACCCAAGAAAGCUGGAGGACCGCAAGGCGAACAGGCUCAGACUGUCCCUAGCACGACUCCUCCUGCUGUAAUUGAGAGCUUGAAUGCGGAAACCAGACAGGAUGUGAUGGCCAGAAGAUCGCGCAAGCGAGGUCGGAGGAUCGUCAAUCGAGCGAAGAGAGUUCGGCCCUCCUUUGUGCGAGUAGUCGCAGAAGCGAACGCGGUUCCUUUACAAGCGCAAGAUACCCAAGGAGAAGCUGUAAAGGAGGAGGACUUCGAUUCUUCACUGGAGCCUCUCACCUGCAAGAAGUCAAGGAAAGAGAAGUUGUCCCCGAUCAUGAUCGAGGCCAGGAGAAGAAGCGAAUCAGAAACUCUCAUCAGCUCUCCCCUCCCCCCUCCUCCCUUGCUCGCCUUUCGCAACCAGGAACAGGACGAGCCAGCUGUCGAGGGAAUCAGGAUUGAGGCAUCGAGAGGGGAGGAGGAAGCUGGACGGGUCAGCGAGGAGGAGAAAGAGCGACAAGCUCAAUCGAAUAUUGAAAGCUUUGUGGGGCAGAACGAGAUUCUGCUGGAAACGCUGGGAGAAGAAUCUGAAGCAGAGAGGAGGGGGGAAGAGAAUGAAAGCGCCGGAGGUGAACAGGGGCAAGUAGAGAAGGCAGCUGAACAAGAAGCUGAGGGAUGGGAGAACAUCACUGCCGAGGAUGGAGGAGGAGACGGACGAGCAGAGACAGCCAGCAAGGACACUGGGAUGGUUCUGGGAGAGGAUUUGUUCGAAGAGGACAAGUCAGAAAUUGGAGCAGCAAACGGUGAAGAUGUCGGGAUAGAAGAGUACAAGCCAAGUGCUGCAGAACUCAACUUGGAGGUUGGGGGCUCGGAGGAGGAGCAAGGGGAGGAGGCAGGAGAGCAGGAGAACCUAGCGUUAGAUCCUGUCAUCAAGGACGUGGAGGCAAUGGAGGAGGAGGCUCGUCGACAUGAGAAAGAGUUUGAACUGAAAGAUGAAGUUGAGGAGGAGAGAGGAGCAGGAGGCACAGAUGAAGACCUGCUCAGCUCAACGGGGAAGCAACUGGUCGCAUCAGCUGGUUGUCCUGCGUCUGACCCGAUGGACUGCGAGCCUGAGGAUCGAUACUCCCCGCAGCCGACGACUGCUGGCUGCUCAGGAGAUGGGGAAAGAGAAAGCUCGGAGCUCUCCGUGCACUGGAAGCAAGAGGAAGAAAACAUCCUCGAGAUUCUCUCCCUCGCCAGAGCCGCCCUGCGCGCGGGACAACCCGAUCGCGCGUCAUCCUCCAUAAGUGAUGGGCAGCAGCGCUUGGAAGACGCGAGGAGAAGGCUGGAGCUCGAGAAGGCAGCAGAAGUUGUUAGCAGUAGGCGAGCAGAGCGGGUCGAGCUGAUGCUGGAGGAGGCGCACGGGCAGCUGAUCUCCCUCGAGCGACUGUCAUCAAUUUGCUCUGCUCAGGCAAGGGAGCGGCGGGUGGGGAUCUCAGAGUUUCACCGAGGAAGGAUGGCGUUGGGCUGCGGGCAGCUGGAGGAGGCGAGGAUGCACCUGACGACAGCGACGGAGGCGAUGGAGGAGGCGAGGAGGAAAAGGAAGACAAGAGGAGGAGGAGGAAGGGGCGGGGGGAGCUCGAGGAGCGGGGGGGAGCAGGAGGAGAAGGAGGAGAAGGAGCAGGGGCAGGGGCAGGGGCAGGAUGAGCAGGAGCAGGAGCAGGAGCAGGAGCAGGAGCAGGAGCAGGAGCAGGAGCAGGAGCAGGAGCAGGAGCAGGAGCAGGAGCAGCCUCACUACCUCAAGCUCGCCAUUUUCAAACUUGCAGGCAAGAUCGCGGACGAGGACGAAGUGGUAGAGGAGGUGGAGGUGGAGGAGGUGGUGGAGGGAGAGGAGGAGGUGGUGGUGGUGGUGGUGGAGGGAGAGGAGGAGGUGGUGGAGGGAGAGGAGGAGGUGGAGGAGGAGGAGGAGGUGGUGGUGGUGGAGGAGGAGGAGGAGAAGGUGGUGGAGGGAGAGGAGGACGAGGUGGUGGUGGUGGAGGGAGAGGACGUCAAACUUCAGCAACACUUAUGCGAUUGA